CCAGACUGAGAAGAUGAACGGUUUAGGUGUUUUGCUGGUGCUGGCUGCCGCGGCUGUGGGAUGUCUGGGCCAUCGUGACUUUCGCAUCCCGAUUAAGGGCACGCGAAAUACGACUUAUUUCGCUACCAGGCCCCACAAGGCUGUCGGCGAUCGUCACCGAAACUACAAACGUGGUGUGAACAAAACGCAUCCGUUUGAACUCGGCAUCGGUUUCUACUACCAGAGUGACAUCAUGCUGAAACCGUCGGUCGCGGCGAAUGCCAUUCCACUGGGCAGGGAUCCGAACGUCAGAUGGCCAGGAGCGGUCGUUCCGUAUAUCAUUACGGGAACGUUUACUGCCGCCGAGAAAACAAUCAUUCUACAAGCAAUGCAACAGUACACCGACAACACGUGUGUGCGAUUCAUCCCCAGAACAACGCAGGCUAACUUUAUCACCAUUGACAACAGUGAUACCGGAUGUUGGUCGUACGUGGGCCGUAGCUUGGACAACACGUACAACCACGUGAACCUGCAGAAUCCCAGCUGCAUGACAACGGGAACCGUCGCCCACGAGCUGAUGCACGCCAUUGGGUUCUACCACGAGUUCACGCGGCCGGAUCGUGACGAUUGGGUUUCCAUCGAUACAAGAGCGCUGCUGACUCAGUACCAAACCACCGCGUUCUACGAUGCCAAUUUUGCCAAGAUGUCUUACGCCCAGGCUGAGCUGUACGGAAUUCCGUACUACUACGGUAGCGUUAUGCACUAUUCCAAGUGGGGAGGAGCCGCCAGCUACAGUAGACCAGUGAUGAACAAUCUGAAACCGUGGACCGGAGACUUCGGCAACGACAUAACGCUAACAGCUCCAGAUAUAUUGGCAAUCAACUACAUGUACUGCAAUGGUACCACCACUACCACUACUACUACAACCACCACAACAACCUCGACGGCGGCCCCUACAACAACCACAACGAAAGCCCCAACGACAACAACAACGACUACGACGGCGGCUUCUACUACAACCGAAGCAGCCACCACAACGACAAUGAAACCACCUACUACUACUACGACUACGACUACGAACGCUCCAGCGACGACAACACAGGCUGCAGCAACGACGACGAAAGCUCCUCCUACUACAACUAAGGUUGCAACAACCAUCGCACCGAGGACAACUACAAAACGGACUCGUUUCUGCGUGCUGUCCUUCAAUGGCAUCUGUUUGAUCUACAUGUAAAUGAAAAAUGGCUUACUAAAUGUAAAUAAAGUUUGUACUUAAAAAUGA